CACUUCGGUGGUCUUCUUCUUCCACCGGCGAUCGAUCGACGGCGAAUCCAAGGCAGACGACGGCGAAACCUAGUCCUAGAGUGAAAAGCGUGUCCAGAUUCUGCAGCUUCCCGAUCUCCACCGGAAUAUCGCCGGUAAGCCCGCAACUAGCAGCGUCAAACCGCACCAAUUGUGAUAAAUUCCCAAUCUCCUUCGGAAGUACACCGGAAAAUGGUUGAAAUAGCCAAUGUAAAGCUCCUUCAGCUGCGUCAGGUUUCCGAUCUCCGGCGGGCUCGUUUUCGGAAACAGCGAGGUACUCGAGAUGCUGAAACGUGCCGACCUCCGAUGGCAUUUCUCCUGAGAAUAAAUUCCCUCCGAGAUGCAAAUGGCGGAGAUUAGCGAGCAGGUGAGCCUGCUUGGGGAACUCGCCGGUGAAGUUAUUGUUGUAAAGGUCGAGAACCUCGAGAUUCCGGAGGCCGUAGAGCUGCGGUGGGAAAGUGAGAUUGAAGAUGUUGUUGGAGAGGUUUAGGUGGCGGAGAUUGGUAAUAUCGGAAAUCGAGGGGGAAUGGGGCCGGAGAUGGAAUUGGCGCCAACGGAGAAGUUCUGGAGGAAACGGAGGUGGCCAAUGUCGGGGGAGAGAGUGCCGGUGAGGCAGAGGUCGGAGAUAACGUGGCAGGCGGAGCGGUCGCAGGUGACCCCCUUCCAUGAGCAAAUGUUGGUGUUGUUAGGGCUCCAGAAUUCCAAGGCGGACUGGGGGUCGUCGGUGAUGCAGGCUUUAAUUGAGAGCAGAGCGGUUUCCUUUGAGAACAAGGUUAUAUCAAUUGAGGUGGAGAGACGCAUUUCAAAUGCGUCUUACGUGAGAAACGCGAAACGGCUACGCAUCUCAUUUCAAGAUACAAAAGCGAUAUGUGUCACACUUACGGUGCGAAAGCUUUUCACGUGUAACCUUUAG